CCGCGUUUACUGUGACAAUGGAAAAGAUGACAUCGCGCUAUAAAGCUUAAUCUCACUAUCUGAUGACACUUCAGGAUACACCCCUCUAAUCUUGGAGCCAGGGGCAGGCUAUGACAUUGUCUUGGCAGCUAAAGUGAUUGGUGACAGGCUGUGCCUGCCAGCAUACUUGCGAGAUUAUUUCUCUUUUCGGCGCUCUGUGAGCAUCACAACAUGUAUAAGUUAUGCAUUGUCAUCGGAGUCUGCUGUGCGUUUUUUCCACUGGCCUCUGCAGCGCCAAAGACCUGGGGUGAGGAUCCCAGGUCAGAGUUUGAUAGCACGGCAGAGCAAAAUGACAGGCUACAGGAGGAGAUAGAUGGCCAGGAGAGCAUCCUCUCUAAGCUGCUGGGUGAUUAUGACAAAGUGAAAGCCCUCUCGGAAGGCUCUGACUGUCGGUGUAAAUGUGUUGUCAGACCCCUGAGCAGAAGCGCCUGCCGGCGGAUAGAAGAAGGAAGCGCCACCGCGCAUGACUUCUACACUGUGGAGACUAUCACAUCUGGACCUGAGUGCAAGUGCGCCUGCAUCGCUCCUCCGUCAGCAGUCAACCCGUGCGAGGGGGAGUUCAGGCUGAAAAAACUUAGGGAAGCUGGAAAAGAGGAUGUCAAGCUUUCCACCAUCCUUGAGCUGCUGGAGGGCUCCUUCUAUGGCAUGGAUCUACUGAAGCUGCACUCUGUCACUAAUAAGCUCCUGCAUCGCGUGGAACACAUUGAGAAGGUGGUGUCUCAGAACAGCACUGCAGAUGAGGUGAAGCCCCAGGAGAGCCCUCCGAUCCAGGCUGAUGUGACUGAAAGCCCGCCCACCCCUCGCCCCCACCAGUCUCAGGACAAGAAGAGACUCAGUGAGGUCAGUGGGGCUGCAGCAUAUCGGAACUCAGAGGAAAAGUAUGAGGAGAAGUUUAUUGGGGAAAACCCGUCCUUCCUACAGACAGAUGGUUCUGCUCAGAUCAUUGAGAUCAAACCUCCGGUGACUCCCAAAAACGCAGCCAACAGGGAGGCUUCUCAGGUGUCGAAGACCGGCUCCAACGGAAUGAUAAUCAGAGGAAUGACUUUUUAUAAAUCCGAGCCGGAUCAGAUGGUGGCGGAUGACGGGGAGCCUGGAGAGAACUUUUUUGAGUAUCAUGGAUUGAGUGGUGAUGGUCCAGUUAACCCCUUCAUCGAGGAGAAUCUUCUCCAACACAGAGCCACUCGCCCCAGGCCGAGGACUGGACCACGAUGGUUUCAACCAGAAACGACGGGUCCUUUGCACGAUACCAAGAAGACAAGCCAAUCAACAAAACAGAAAGAAAACGAGCCCACCUCAGAAACUCCUAAUGAGUUCAUCGGCGGCAUUGGAAGCACAUCAAUGGGCGUGUCUGCAGAUGUACAGAGUGACACGUCAGUCACGUUCGGACCAACCACCUCCACACAAAAAAACAGGACCCCAGACGCUGCAUCUCUGACUACUCAAAGAGUCACGGCUGGUAUCACUAAGUGGCCAAUCCCUUUGAUAGCUGAACCAGCCGUCUCUGCCAACGAAACAACUGAAACUACAAGGAACACAACCCAACCCUCGGAAAAUACAACCACAAAGGAAAUCCUAUUAGCAUUAACGACAAGAAAUAUUCCAGCCACCACGAUGGAAACCUCAACCCUGGAGGCGGCAGACCAAAUGCAAACCAAUCCUGGCAGUACUGCAGCUCGUUCAAGCACACUUGCACCAAAGCCAGCCACAGAGGUUUCAACUACCAGCCCACCUUCCACUAUGACCAUCACAACCCAUGCUGCCCCACCCUCAGCACCAGGACACCCUGCAGCAGCUUCCACGAUGGCUACCUCCACACAGGCUGACUUUUUGGGUUUUAAGCAGGAGGUGUCUGAAAGGUUACCAGCAGCAGAGGAAGAAACCGAAUCCACCACCUUGACGUUGCCUCCUAGCACACACAGACUGAUCACUUUGUCUCCCCACACUUCUCUGCCUUUCACCACACCUGUGACUACCUCUUCUUCAACCACCACCACCACUGCCACUACCACCACCACUACCACUACCACCACCAGGCAGGCUGCUCAAGUCAAACGGAAAUACAAAAUCAGCUGGAAUGAGGAAGAGGGACAGGAUGAACACCCAGAAUUAGAUGAGCCAAUGCAAAGGCAGGAGGAGUCGACUUCAAGAAAACCCGGGUGUAAAGACACUUUGGCAACAAUCUCAGAGCCAGUAACUCACAACACCUACGGCAGGAAUGAAGGAGCUUGGAUGAAGGAUCCAAAGUCUGAGAGCGACAAAAUUUAUGUCACCAACUUCUACUACGGAAAUAACCUCCUGGAGUUCCGCAACAUGGAGAUUUUCAAAGCAGGCCGUUUUACCAACUCUUACAAGCUUCCUUACAACUGGAUUGGCACAGGCCAUGUGGUCUACGAUGGGGCUUUCUACUACAGCCGCGCCUUCUCCCGAGACAUCAUCAAGUACGACCUGCGUCUGCGUUACGUGGCCGCCUGGACCAUGCUGCAUGACGCUCUGGUCGAGGAGUCGUCGUCGCCUUGGGAGUGGCACAGCCACUCUGAUGUCAACUUCGCCGUGGACGAGAGUGGCCUCUGGAUCAUUUACCCGGCGCUGGACGACGAGGGCUUCUUACAGGAAGUGGUUGUUCUGAGUCGACUGAACCCCUCAGACCUCAGCAUGCAGAGGGAGACCACCUGGAGAACCGGGCUCAAGAGGAACCACUACGGGAACUGCUUCAUCGUGUGCGGCGUCCUGUACGCUGUUGACAGCUACAACCAAAGGGACGCCAACCUGGAAUACGCCUUCGACACCCACACAAACACUCAGAUGAUUCCCAGAAUGCCAUUCACCAACAACUACACCUACACCACGCAGAUUGACUACAAUCCCAAAGAGGGUGUUUUGUAUGCGUGGGACAAUGGACACCAGGUCACAUACAACAUUAAGUUUGCCUAUGUAGACCCUUAGUAAGGGUUCGAGGGUAGUUAUUUUAAAAAGUUAAUUCUGUGGUUUGAAUGGAUUGUAGAUCAGUCCACAUGGCCUUCAGUAUGGAGACAAAUGGGGGCCAAAUGUACAAAUGUUCUUCAGUAUAUUGUGAUGAAACUGUUUUUUUUUUUUUUUUUUUACAUUUUUACCUGAAAUAAAUGAAACAAUGAGCCUGAUUCCUCAGUCAACACAUCAAGUUGUACUGUAUAUACUGUAAUACUGUAAAAAAAAAAAAAAAAAAAAAGCCCAAUGAGAUAAAUGAAUGUAGAAAGAACAAGCUCAUGGCUUGGGUAAAAUAAAGCUUUAACAAUUCACAUAAAAGAGCCAGUUCAUAAAAGCAUACUCUUUGAACAAAUCCCCAGCUUAUGUGGACAAAUAACAUUUUUCUGUUUCAUAAACGUUAUUUUGUAUUAAAUUUUUCUUUGCAUCAUAUGCCGCAGGUCCUCUAAUAUCACAGGUAUGUUGACCUUUGUCUUGUGAAAGCACUUACUCCCUCCAUAUCAGACUGUUCUGAGGACACUACAAUAAAGU